AUGCGUUGUCAGCGCCAUCUCGCUGGUGGCGCACUCUCCAAUAUCUUUGCCAUCCAUAUUCCUCUUCGACAAAACCACUUCAUGUUCUUGAUUGUUAAGACGCAUGAAGAAGGCAAAAACAUAUCUAAGAAGCACAUUGCGGUCGAUGUUGGGCAUCUGCCGAAAGUCUAUGAUGGAUGGGAAACUGCGAGAUUCGAGGACGACAGGUAUCCUUACACAAGAUUCCAGGGCUUCGACAAUCUCGAAGAGGGCGAGGAAUAUACGAACGACCCGUACCGUAUUGCCGGACGUGGGCGGCUUCUUCGAGAGAGUCGUAAAUUCGACCCUGUCAAGGCCGAACAAGGUGUCAAACGUGAGAUUGGUAUCUAUAUAGGACAGGCAGCUGAGGUUCUGGACAACGGAGAUAAUAUGACAAUUACCCAAUCUAACACCAGAUUGAGCUGUCAGACUGCAGAUUGGCUUGACAUGCCUCUACGUACAGACUAUAUCACCACCUCUAGCCCUCAGUCUUCCUCUGCUUCAUCUUGUCGCAAUGGGUAUGAUGGCACGUCUCGACCCGCCUCCCCUCCUGGCCUCCGGUCGUGGUUAGAGCCACGCAGAGUCUCAACCCCCAGCUCUCCUUCACCCGCUCAAUCUGGAUCUCCUGUAGCUCCCCGCUACGACACCACUUCCGAACUUCACUCUGGCUCAGAAUCAACUGGUGUUUCUAACCCCGCAGCUUUUUCCUCGUCUUGGUUCUGUUCCUAUCUCUAA